AUGGAAGAGGAUAGAAAGCGUGGGAAGAAAGAAGAACAAGAAGGAUCGCAAGUAGGUGCAGAAAUCGAUUAUGGGAUCCCACUUUUUGGAAUGAAUGAGAAUAUCCCUGAAGGAUUUCCAUAUCCUAACUGGGGAGCCCAAGGCAUGAGUUAUGCAUUCGAUCAACAGUACAACUACUAUAAUCAUCAUCCUAUUUCUUCAUCACAAUUCCAAAGCAAUGGAAUGUCUCCAUCACCUCAAAGUUUUGAACAGAACAACAUGCAUCCAUCAAUUACCUUUGAAAAGCCUCGAGCAAGAAGCCAUGGAAAGAAGAAGAUAAAGCUUGAGUACAUAGCAGGUAAGAACAAGAGAAGCGUCUGUUUUAGCAAAAGGAAAAGAGGGAUAAUGAAAAAAGCGUAUGAGUUGAAUAUUCUUACAGGGACAGAGAUUCUUCUCUUGAUAGCAAGUGAGAGUGGACAUGUUUUUACUUUUGCAACAGAUAAGCUGAAACCGAUCAUACUAGAGCAUGAGAAUAUUAUUCAAAGUUGUCUUAACAAAUCUGAAGGUUCUGGAUUCAACAGCUCUGCACGCAGCGAAAGGAACAAGAAGUACUCCAAGAAAGACAUUGGAUAUGAUGACAUUGGGAUUUAUGAUGAAUCAUCCGAGAGCUAA